UAGUCCCCCACAGUGCUGUUUUCCCCCUUAUUGGAUCAUCGCGCCCUUAGGAGCCUUAAACCAGAGGGGUCCUUUUAUUUCAUGUUUUUUGCUGAGUUCCUGCUUUAUCUCAAGUCCUUUGUGUGGAUGUGCGUUAAAGAGAGCCAAGAGCAAUGUGGUUGCUUUAUUGAUGCUAAUGUAGAACAAACAUUGUCCUGCUGAGGCUUUGUGCUUUGAGCCUUUUUCAAAAAGCAGGAACAAUGGCAUUACUUAUCUCUGGCUGGAGUCAUUUACUGGAAUAGCUGUAAUACCUUUUCGAGUCAUUCUGUUUAGCCAUGGCUUCUUCUGACAUGCAGGUGAAAGAACUAGAAAAACGUGCUUCAGGCCAGGCAUUUGAAUUGAUACUUGGUCCUCCUCCAAAAGAAGCUGUUCCAGAAUUUCCUCUAUCUCCUCCAAAGAAAAAAGAUCUCUCAUUGGAAGAAAUUCAGAGGAAAUUAGAAGCUGCAGAAGAAAGACGAAAGUCCCAUGAAGCUGAAGUUUUGAAGCAACUAGCUGAAAAGCGAGAGCAUGAAAAAGAGGUGCUGCAGAAGGCAAUUGAAGAAAAUAACAACUUUAGUAAAAUGGCAGAGGAAAAGUUGACUCACAAAAUGGAAGCUAUCAAAGAGAACAGAGAAGCACAAAUGGCUGCUAAACUGGAACGCUUGAGAGAGAAAGAUAAGCAUAUUGAAGAAGUACGAAAGAACAAAGAAGGAGGCAAAGAACCUGGUGAGACUGAAAGCGACUGACUUCAUUCUGGAAACUAACUUCUCCCCUUUGUCUAAAUAUCCAAAGACUGUAUUGGCCAGUGUUUUUUGUUAAGUUUCUAGAAACUGAUGUAGAGCUGUAUAGUUAGAUCUGACUGUACACUUGAUUUGGGGAAUUAGAGGGGAGCCCUUUCAUGUUCACUCUUUUUCUAAACUGUUGUCUUUCCAGUGUAGCUAUCUUGUUGCAUUUCUUCUAUUCCAGUGCAUUUGUUCCUGGAUUGAUGGCUAGUGCUGUGUUCAGCUCUGACAUUUUUGUGAACUGAAUAUGUAGUGUAAUGUUCAUGCUGAAUCUGUUACACUUCAGAAUCUGUCAAUCUUAAGCUAUUACUGUAACCAAGUGAUUUAAUAAAGCUGCACAAUGCUGUUACCACA